AUCGAAAUGGUACCAGCCGUACUUAAUAAUAGAAGGAUUUGGCAGAAAUAUGUAAAAUUGUCCCUCCUAAAAAGAUUAUUCCGGAAUAAAUGGGCAAUAGUUAGGAGAGGUGCGCCAGCGGCGAGCAGAAGCAAGGUUAUUAGAUACCUCAGGAAAGCCCGGCCAGAACCACACGUGCAAGUUUCCCUGCAUGUGGCUCGUCCGUGAUAACUUAUUCGGAUUUGCGCGAACUAGCGGACCGAUCACUAAGUGGGGAUGCUCCCUCCAGCAUGAGCGAACCUUUUCGAAACAGGUUAGGAAUGGGCGUCACUACCCAGCCAGGUUCUAUUGAUUAUGUCCCCUUCCCCCUUGUCUUGGGGCGUUUUUGGCUUUACGAGAGAAAGCCCGCCAAAAAAGUAUUUAUCUUCUCGUCCUGGAGAAUAUUCCGGUGCGUCCACAGAAGAGGAAAUCGCAAUGCAUCUUGCUCAGCAGGCGUAGCUUGGAGUGGGAGUGUAGCGUGGGUAAGGUAAGUGGCCGCCAGAGAGGAAGCCGGCCUAUUAAGCGCAGCUAAGCUAAUAUGCGCCGGAGAAAGCCAGGUGCCGGAGGUAAGCUCUAUUCUUUUCAUGGAUUCCCCAUAACGAAUAGGCUAGCUCUAUCUCUCAAUUGCCUAUCCUGUGCUCGAGAAGGUCCCCCAGUUCCUCGGCAGCACCUCGAGGUGCAUUUAGUUGUCUUACAUGAGACUCGGGGUAUUCCUCACUCCAUGGCACCUUUCGCUCAUCCAUUCCGCCCGUCCAGACGCGGCGCCUUUUUUCAUUAUCAUCUACCGCCCUUUCUUUCCUCCCGGCUAUUCACGCAUGAAGAUCGUCGUAUGUAUGCUCGACUUCGGUUGCCGGUGCGUGUAGGUAGGAGUACAUUAUGGCAGGAUCAGUCACCCGGGCAAACCAACCCUCCUCCAAGAAGAAUUGUGCUAUGCCCUCCCGAUCCCUAUAGAGCGAAAGAGCUGCCUGGUGAUCCCUAGGUUG